AUGGCUGGUCGUGGGUGUGGGGCGGUGCGAGGUGUGACAUGUGGCCAGAGAAAAACGAGAAUAAGUGCCAGAUCUCAACCGUGGAACAUUUCUUCUAUCAUGGGAGGGGAAUUGGCAAGCAUCUCAGAUUUCCCGUGGAAUGUGGGGAUUAUGGAUCACCGAGAUCAUCUCUGUGGGGGAACUAUUCUCAGCGAGUGGUGGGUCCUAACAGCAUCCCAUUGUUUCAACAAUUUAGAGGACUCUCACUUGGAGAUCAUUUGCAACACAGAUGACCUCAACACCACAAAUCUGGAGUAUAAGAAAGUGGACAAGCUGAUUAUGCAUCCGAGGUUUGAUAGCUGGCUCCUGGACAAUGACAUAGCUUUGCUCUUGCUCAAAUCCCCAUUAAACUUGAGUAUCAACAGGGUACCCAUCUGCGUUUCAGAAGUCUCUGACAUACGGGCAUGGAGAAACUGCUGGGUGACAGGAUGGGGCGUUACCACUACCAGUGAGUGAUUCCGGGUUGGGUAUACAGGGUGGCAUGAGGCUGGUGUUCAGAAGGCCAUAUCUCCAAAGCUGCAGAAAGUCCAAGUGGAGCUGUUUAGAUCUGACAGGUGUGGCUUUGCUGGUUCUGUGUUUACCAAAAAUAUGCUGUGUGCUGGGUCUCGAAGGGCUGGGAAAGAUGCCUGCCAGGGUGACAGCGGAGGAGGUCUGGUUUGCAACAAAAAGAAAGGCAAAAACAAAAGCACUUGGUACCAGUUGGGCAUUGUCAGCUGGGGCGUGGGCUGUGGCAAAGAGAAUUUUCCCGGAGUCUACACCAAGGUGACACGCUACCUGGAGUGGAUUAGUGAAGAGACUGCAAAGGAAGGGAAGCCUUAUGUGUACACGCAAGACUCUGUGUGCCCUUUGUUAGUCUCUUGCUGGGCUAUCUUGUUACUAUAUUCUGUGAUGUUUCUUCUUACCUGGUGA